AUCCCGGCUCAGAGCUGCUGGAGCAGCAUGUGGCCCCCGGGAGCCGGGGCCCAAGAUAUUUGGGCGGAGCCGAUGCUGUAACAAGGUCUGAGCACAAUACCUCCAUCCUCGGAAUGCCCUUAAGUGUCACUUGUCAUCCAAUCAAGGGGGCAUCUGAACCCCUGCUAGGCACCAGGUAUGGCUGUGGAGGAGCCUUGUUUCCAGCCUGGGGGCAUUACACCGCUACAGCAGAUUCUGGCCUCUGGUACAGGAGCUCUCAUUACCUCUUUCUUUGUUACACCACUGGAUGUAGUAAAGAUAAGACUGCAGGCACAGAGAAAGCCCUUCUCUAAAGCGUUGUCUAUAAAGUCUCUACCUUGGACACCUACCCUGCGCCACCCCAAAUGGCGUGGCUUUCUGUACUGCAAUGGACUGAUGGAUCACUUGUUUGUGUGCCAACAUGCCACUGCUUGCAGCACUUUGUACCGAACCCCCACACACUUCCACGGCACAGUGGAUGCAUUUGUGAAGAUCACACGCCAUGAAGGGUUAAAAUCUUUAUGGAGCGGGCUCCCACCCACACUGGUUAUGGCCAUACCUGCUACAAUUAUAUACUUCACAUGCUACGACCAGCUGCGAGAUUUCAUGAGAUACCAACUUGGAUACCAGGGUAGCCACAUACCUCUCAUUGCUGGAGCACUUGCUCGAUUGGGAGCAGUCACAGUUAUCAGCCCUCUGGAGUUGAUCCGAACUAAACAACAGUCUCGCCAGCUGUCUUACAUAGAGCUGAGUGCUUGUCUGCGCUCUGCAGUCUCUCAGGAUGGGUGGCGCUCUCUUUGGAAGGGUUGGGGACCAACUGUGUUAAGAGAUGUCCCAUUUUCUGCUCUGUACUGGUUUAAUUACGAGUUGCUGAAAAGCAGACUGAAUGAAUCCUGUAGUGCCCUAGAGGCGCCAUUCCUGACUAGCUUUACUGCAGGAGCAGUUUCUGGAACUGUCGCUGCUAUUCUCACUUUGCCUUUUGAUGUGGUGAAGACGCAGAGGCAGAUAGAACUUGGUGACAUAGAGACAGGUGUUUCCAGAAAGCAGAGGUCUACAACCUGGGGAGCCAUGCGCAGGAUCAAAGCAGAGUCUGGAACCAGGGGAUUAUUUGCAGGGUUUCUCCCUCGCGUUAUUAAGGUGGCCCCAGCCUGUGCUAUCAUGAUUAGCUCUUAUGAAUUUGGAAAGAACUUCUUCCAACAACAGAACAUGGAGAAGGUGCAGAACCAGUGAUUUAUAACAAACAGAGAAUUGGUCGAGCUAUGCGAUCUGUACUACAAGGUAGUCAUGGUAAAUGCUGUGCUCUAAAACUAGCUGGUCUGGAUUGUGAUGUAGCUAAUAGCACUAAAGAAAAAAAGCUUUGAGUCCUAGCUCUAGAAAACUUCAAUAGGACAUUCUGCCAGUCAAUCACCGAUUUUAUAGAAAUCAGAAAUCACCUGUAAUUCAAACCACGGAACUCCAG